AUGGAUUUUUGGAAUACCUCCAUUUGGGUGGACGAGGAGGCUGAGAUAUAUCCUAAUUCCACAUCGGGUAGUCAGUACUCACUGGUUUCAAUCGUGGGACUCGCUGGACUUGUCAGCUUUCUUAUCCUGUUUACCAUUGUGGGGAACGUAUUGGUUGUUAUAGCUGUGUUAACCAGUCGAGCUCUAAAACCGCCCCAGAACCUUUUCCUAGUGUCUCUAGCUAGUGCCGAUAUUCUCGUGGCCACCCUUGUCAUGCCCUUUUCCCUAGCAAACGAACUCAUGGGUUACUGGUUUUUCGGCAAAGUUUGGUGCGACAUCUACUUGGCUCUAGACGUUCUGUUCUGCACGUCCUCCAUCGUCCACCUGUGCGCUAUCAGUUUGGAUAGGUACUGGUCGGUGACGCAAGCUGUCGAGUACAACCUGAAGAGGACUCCAAAACGCGUUAAAGGGAUGAUCGUGGUGGUGUGGUUGAUAUCUGCAGUCAUAUCUUUCCCCCCAUUGAUAUCAAUGGACAGGAACAACAGUGACAUCAGCCCUCAGUGUGAGCUCAACGACGAGACUUGGUACAUCUUGUACUCCAGCAUCGGGUCUUUCUUUGCGCCCUGCGUCAUCAUGAUCCUGGUCUACAUCCGGAUAUACCAGGUGGCAAAGACCAGAACCAGGACCAUGUCCGAGAAGAAGAGGGAGGUGGACGGAGCCGGCCCGGUGGGUAACGGGCUGGAGCGAGCCGAGGGAGGGGGCGGCGGCGGCGGCUCCGUGAAGGUUAACGGCGGUGACGGAGAGAAUGGCCACUGCCACCCUACGUUGCCCUCAUUACCCAACGAGUCCAGCAGGACGCCGGCGACGGACCACGAGGACGACGGCGACUUUGAGGAGAGCAGCUCGUCGGACGAGAAGAACACCAAGAAGCACCCCGCCCACGGCCACGCUCGUCAUCACCACGACGACAAGAAGGACCGGAAGUCCAGCCGGAAGUCCAGCUCCACCUCCAAGCACUCCAGCAGGAAGUCUCGGGCCAGCUCCAAGUCCAUCGAGCUCUUCUCAUCGCGGAGGAAACGCCGGAGCACCGUCUCGCGGAAGAAGAUCUCGGCAGCGAGGGAAAAGCGCUUCACGUUCGUCCUGGCGGUGGUCAUGGGCGUGUUCGUGCUGUGCUGGUUCCCUUUCUUCUUCUCCUACAGCCUAUACGGAAUCUGCCGGGCGCCAUGCGAGAUCCCGGAGACGCUCUUCAAGUUCUUCUUCUGGAUUGGCUACUGCAACAGCUCUCUCAAUCCUGUCAUCUACACCAUCUUCAACCAGGACUUCCGACGGGCCUUCCAGAAGAUUCUGUGCAAGACUUGGAAGAGAAACUUUUGA